UGUACAGUUAUCGAAAAGUAUUUCACUUUCUCUCGAGAACCAAUGUCCAUAGAAGAGGAAAAAUACCCAUUAGCUUAUGGAUUAGUGGUUUACAAGACUAUUGUUCAGUUUGAUCUAUUUAAGGUGAUGAUGCAGCUCUCCCUCUUCUACCAACCUCAACACCUUUUCUGUAUCACUGUUGAUAAUCAGAGUCCAGAUCAGUACAAAGCAGUUAUUCAAGCUCUACCUGAAUGUUUUCCGAAUAUGAAAGUUUUUGUUAGAGAACCAUCUGAUUGGGGAUCAUUCGGAAUUUUGAGUAACGUCUAUACAUGUUUCAAUUGGUUAGCAGAAGCGAAACACAACUGGAAGUACUACCAAUACCUGUCUGGAACGGAUCUCCCUAUUCGAACAAAUCUGGAAAUGGUUAGGAUAUUCAAGGCAAUGAAUGGAUCCAUCAACACAGAUGUCAGUACUUUUGAAGUGGAUCGAUACAAGAAUAUGGAGGGUGUGCUUCCGCCGAUGCCAAUUUACAAAUCUAGUAUGUCUGUUGUUGUGCCUCGGGAAGCUGCUGAUUUUCUAAUCAUCAGUCCCAGAGUGCAGAAAUUGCUCAAGUAUCUCUCCAAGACGUGGAUUCCAGAUGAAUCAUUCUGGUCAACUGUUCUCGGGUCCCCAGCUCUGCUCCCCGUCCCUGGUUCAUUUCGAGUUCGUGACAUUCUAUGGCUUCGAAAAAAUUUCAAGCUCCGCCCACCCUACGAAAAUACUGUAGACUCGAUUGGUACCUCUUACAUUGGCAGGUAUCAAGUAUGGGGAUGGCAGAAAGAAUGCUUCGGAAAAGUCAAAGAUUUCUCAUGUGUCUUCGGUGUUGGGGAUAUUGAGGAAAUUAUGACUAGGCCGGAGUUGGUUGCUCAUAAGUUGUAUCUCGAAUACCAACCAGCUGGAUUCAUGUGUAUGUUCAAGUCGAUUCGAAAGAGAAGUUUGAGUCCGGAUGCGGACAAAUUCAGUGCGAAAAGUUAUUCGGAGAUGCCAAGUGUCGAAUUAUUCAAAGGGAAAGCUAUAACCCAAUUGACAAAUCCUCACUGGCUAGUU